GGAACGUGGCCUGGAUGCACGUGUUGGCUGCUCGAGGCCUACAGGAGAGGCCCGGCCUGGUGGGAGGCGAGGCCUACUUCUGCUAUGACGAUUCUCCACGCCUGAGCUACGAGGAGUUCGACAUGGAGUUCCUGGGGAGCUGCGGGUUCCGCAUGCUGGGCCAGAGUGCCCCCCCGCUGCCCUUUUUCCUGCUCUACCUCCUCGCCCUCCUCAGUGAGGCCUUCAGCUGGAUCCUCCGGCCCUUGGUCUGCCUCCGGCCUCUGCUCAACCGCUGGACCCUCCGGCUGGUCACCACCGCCUUCACCGUCUCCACUGACAAGGCCGGCCGCCAUUUUGGAUACGCCCCCCUCUACUCCUGGGGGCGUAGCCGCGCCCUCACCCUCGACUGGGUCCGUCAGCUCGACGGCAGACUGUAGAGGGUUCGGGGGGGCUUUACCCCGCCCCUCCCUGACCCCGCGCUGUCCCUGGGUUUGGGAGGGACAGUGUAGAGGGAGCUUUACCCCACUCCCUGACCCCGUGCAGU